GGCUCGCGUCUGAGCCCCAAGGGAGGCUCCCGGAGCGCAGCCUGGGUCCAGCACACCCUGACCGGCAACCAUGGCGGGCACUCUAGACCUGGACAAGGGCUGCACGGUGGAGGAGCUGCUUCGCGGCUGCAUCGAAGCCUUCGAUGACUCUGGGAAGGUGAGGGACCCCCAGCUGGUGCGCAUGUUCCUCAUGAUGCACCCCUGGUACAUCCCAUCCUCGGAAUUGGCGGCGAAGCUGCUCCAUAUCUACCAACAAUCACGGAAGGACAACUCCAAUUCCCUGCAGGUGAAAACGUGCCACCUGGUCAGGUACUGGAUCUCAGCAUUCCCAGCGGAGUUUGACUUGAACCCAGAGCUGGCGGAGCAGAUCAAGGAGCUGAAGGCUCUGCUAGACCAAGAAGGGAACCGUCGUCACAGCAGCCUCAUUGACAUUGAGAGCGUUCCCACCUACAAGUGGAAGCGCCAAGUGACUCAGCGGAACCCCACAGAACAAAAAAAGCGCAAGAUGUCCCUGUUGUUCGAUCAUCUGGAGCCCCUGGAGCUGGCAGAGCACCUCACCUACCUGGAGUACCGCUCCUUCUGCAAGAUCCUGUUCCAGGACUAUCACAGUUUUGUGACUCACGGCUGCACAGUGGACAACCCCGUGCUGGAGCGCUUCAUCUCCCUCUUCAACAGCGUCUCGCAGUGGGUGCAGCUCAUGAUCCUCAGCAAGCCCACAGCCCCUCAGCGGGCUCUGGUCAUCACACACUUCGUGCACGUGGCCGAGAAGCUGCUGCAGCUGCAGAACUUCAACACACUGAUGGCUGUGGUCGGGGGCCUGAGCCACAGCUCCAUCUCUCGACUCAAGGACACCCACAGCCACGUCAGCCCUGAGACCAUCAAGCUCUGGGAAGGUCUCACAGAACUAGUGACAGCCACUGGCAACUAUGGUAACUACCGGCGCCGGCUGGCAGCUUGUGUGGGCUUCCGCUUCCCCAUCCUGGGUGUCCACCUCAAGGACCUGGUGGCCCUGCAGCUGGCACUGCCUGACUGGCUGGACUCGGCCCGGACCCGGCUCAAUGGGGCCAAAAUGAAGCAGCUCUUCAGCAUCCUGGAGGAGCUGGCCAUGGUGACCAGCCUGAGGCCACCUGUGCAAGCCAACCCUGACUUGCUGAGUCUGCUUACGGUGUCACUGGAUCAGUAUCAGACGGAGGAUGAACUGUACCAGCUGUCCCUGCAGCGGGAGCCCCGCUCCAAGUCCUCGCCAGCAAGCCCCACCAGCUGUACCCCCCCUCCCCGGCCCCCAGUGCUUGAAGAGUGGACCUCGGCUGCAAAGCCCAAGCUGGACCAAGCCCUCCUGGCAGAGCACAUUGAGAAGAUGGUGGAGUCUGUGUUCAGGAACUUUGAUGUCGAUGGAGAUGGGCACAUUUCCCAGGAAGAGUUCCAGAUCAUCCGGGGCAACUUCCCUUAUCUCAGCGCCUUUGGGGACCUGGACCAGAACCAGGAUGGCUGCAUUAGUCGGGAGGAGAUGAUCUCUUACUUCCUGCGCUCCAGCUCGGUGCUGGGCGGCCGUAUGGGCUUCGUACACAACUUCCAGGAGAGCAGCUCCUUGCGCCCGGUUGCCUGCCGCCACUGCAAAGCCCUGAUCCUGGGCAUCUACAAACAGGGCCUCAAAUGCCGAGCCUGUGGUGUGAACUGCCAUAAACAGUGCAAAGACCGCCUGUCCGUGGAGUGCCGGCGCCGUGCCCAGAGCGUGAGCCUGGAGGGGUCUGCCCCCUCCCCCUCUCCCACGCACGCCCACCACCGAGCCUUCAGCUUCUCUCUGCCUCGCCCUGGCAGGCGAGGCUCCAGGCCUCCAGAGAUCCGGGAGGAGGAGGUGCAGACGGUGGAGGAUGGAGUGUUUGACAUCCACUUGUAACGGGCGUGUCAGUGGAUGACGGAGUUAUUCCUGCCUUGGAGAAAGGAUUUGGACCUGAGCAGGGAGCCGGGGUUCAGGGCAGGGAGCUGGGGCUGGAGGUGGUGUGUGAGGGAGGCAUGCACUGAGGGCAGGGCCAGGGCUGGGGUCCCCGAGGUUGUACAGAUUCUUGUGAAUAUUUGUAUUUUCCAGAUGGAAUAAAAAGGCCCGUGUCAUUAAACUGAA